GGGCAAGGGGUGUGGCAGUGGAAUUGAGGCAGACAGGGCAUGGCGGGGAAAGGUGGGCUUGGGGAGCGCUCAAGGAAAGGAUGGGAUUCCGGCAGUCAGCUGCCACCCUGGCCAUGGGGCGCCACACUGUCCUGCUCCUGCUCCUGGCUUUCCUGACGCUUCGGGAGGUCAUCCCCGUACCGCUGGCCCUGAGGGCCCUCAGCAAUCUGCACAGGUCAGCCAGCUUCACAUCCCGCCCCGCUGUACCCACGAAGUACACGGUUCACUACCUCCAACAGAAGACAUUAUACAAGUCCCUGGACAUUUAGUGGACAAACCAGACAAGUCUCUGCCUCAUUAAGGCUGUUUCCAGUGAACCAGUUUCAUUCAAUGUUGGUUUAGAGAUGCAAGCUCAGAUUUCAGGUUGAUCAUUUUGGAUUUACUACAGAUAAAACUUUUAAACAGCGGUACUUACUAGCUGAUGAACACUGGAAGAAAGAUGAUGGAUCAAUACUUUUCUACACUGGUAAUGAAGGGGACAUUGUCUGGUUUUGCAAUAAUACGGGGUUCAUGUGGGAUGUGGCUGAGGAACUGAAAGCUAUGUUGGUGUUUGCUGAACAUCGAUACUAUGGAGAAUCCCUACCUUUUGGUAACGAUUCAUUCAAGGAUUCCAGAUACUUGAAUUAUCUGACAUCAGAACAAGCUCUGGCAGAUUUUGCAGUGUUAAUCAAAUACUUGAAAAGAACAAUCCCAGGAGCUAAAAAUCAACCUGUCAUUGCCCUAGGGGGCUCUUAUGGUGGCAUGCUUGCAGCCUGGUUCAGGAUGAAAUACCCUCAUAUGGUGGUUGGAGCUCUUGCAGCCUCUGCCCCCAUCUGGCAUUUUGGUAAUCUGGUACCUUGUGGUGUAUUUAUGAAGAUCGUAACUGAAGAUUUUAGGAAAAGUGGCCCAAAUUGUUCAGAGACCAUCCACAAUUCCUGGGGUGCUAUUACUCGACUCGCAAGAACAGGCAGUGGCUUGCAUUGGCUUUCUGAAGCCCUUCACUUAUGUACCCCAUUAAGAAAUUCGCAGGAUGUUCAGCAUUUGAAAGGCUGGAUCUCUGAAACCUGGAUAAAUCUGGCAAUGGUGGACUACCCUUACGAGUCUAACUUUUUACAGCCUUUGCCUGCUUGGCCUAUCAAGGUAGUGUGCAAGUAUUUGAACAAUCCCAGUUUAUCUGAUGCACAGCUGCUGGAGAAUAUUUUCCAAGCUCUGAAUAUAUAUUACAAUUACUCAGGCCAGGCGAGAUGCCUGAAUAUAUCAGAGACAACAACUAGCAAUCUGGGAACCCAGGGUUGGAGCUAUCAGGCUUGCACAGAAAUGGUCAUGCCUUUUUGUACUAAUGGUAUCGAUGACAUGUUUGAGCCUCGCUCAUGGAACUUUAGGGAGUAUUCUGAUGACUGUUUUAAACAGUGGGGUGUGAGACCAAGGCCCACCUGGAUCACUACUGUGUAUGGAGGCAGAAACAUCAGUUCACACAGCAACAUUGUUUUUAGCAAUGGUGAACUAGACCCCUGGUCAGGAGGUGGAGUAACCAAGGAUAUCACAGACACCUUGGUUGCGAUCACCAUCCCAGAAGGGGCCCAUCAUCUAGAUCUUCGAGCCAGAAAUGCCUUUGACCCCACGACCGUGCUAUUAGCCCGCUCCUUGGAAGUUAGACACAUGAAGCAGUGGAUCAGAGAUUUCUAUGCCAGUCAGAGAAAGAAGCACUGAGAAAUUUUGAUCACUUUCAGUUUCUUUUCUGUUCAUUCUACCCACGUUCCCAUUCACUUUGGUUUUCUACAUGUAAUUACUUUCCCUUGUUUGUCAUUAGAUUUGAUGAGGCAAAGGUUGAGAUAGAAGAGAGGGUGAUGAUGGUGACAGCAGCCAUCCCACACCCUGAAUCGUCGCCCUCUUCACACCACCCCUGGGAAGAAUCUCUUUGUGACAGCUUUCCUACACCAUCAGUGGCCCUCAUAACCGGAGCAGAGUUCCUGACUGCCUUUCACAAGAGGGAGGGUCACUUCCUUUGUUUCUCUGCAAGCAGAGCUUCCUCUUGGGUUUGAGGGUAAAGUCUCUUUGGUCCGUUUGUCACUCCCUAGCCCUUCCCUCAAAAAAGAACAGCAGAAGAUAGACAAAAAUGAUGUAAUUGCAGCUGGUAGGAAGGAUGUCCGAUGCCAAUCCAGGAAAUGGAAGCCAUUUCUUUUGUACUUGAUUUAAUGAUUUUGACUGUGCUGUAAAUAAAGAAUAAGGCUGGACCUUA